CCCCCCCUCCCCCGAGUCAUGCGCGCGGGAGGCGUGGAGCUCUCACUUUGACAUUCUCUCCGCAGCAGCUUCUCCUCGAGGCAGAGCAGCCAACUCUCAUGACAUCACCCGCCGCCGCCGCCGAGUGAGCGAGCGCGAGGGGGGAGAAGACGCAGAAGAAGCAAAAGAAGCAGAAGCAGAAGCAGAAGAAGAAGAAGAAGGGCAGCUCGCUGCGCGGAUGAACAACGCCGUGAUCCAAGGGGACGUGUUUGGGCGAAUCAAAUGAAUUUGAGUGAGAGACGUUUUUUUCCCGGGGUGGCCGUGUCUUCUUGUUAGCCGUGGGAAUGCCUCGCUCCUGAGAAACCAGCGCGCAGCUACUCGCUACGGCGCCUGCAUGCGACUCGCCGAAGAGCUUCCGCAGCCGCAGCAGCAGCCGCCGCAGCAGCCGCCACCGCCGCCGCCGCCGCAGCAGCCGCAGCCGCAGCAGCAGCAGCAGCAGCCGCAGCAGCAGCAGCGAGGGUUCCCGGUGGCGGGAUGUGAAAACUAUGCGAGCGCGUCUUCUUUUCCAUUGUGCGCGACCUGCGUUUACUUUCUGAGCGCGCCGAGCGGUUAGAGGGCGGAGGAGGGACGCGGCUUUUUUUCUCCCCCCCACUCGAUCUCUCGCCUAUGGACGACAGCGGUCCCCUCUCUCCAAAGGCCAAUGCUUUCAGUAUUGCCUCUCUGAUUUCAGCUGCAGAGCAAGCAGGAAACGUAACGUUUGACAAACAAGACGCUGGCCUGGCCAAGCCAGACCCACACAGUCACAGUUCGUUAAAAAUGCACUACAGCACUGUCACCCGGGAAAUGGAAGCCUUCACGACCAGCAGCCUCAACAGCCUCAACACGCCGGGCGGUUACCAUCUGUCUCCCUCCCCCGGAGACCCCUACAGCCAACACGAAGCCCACUUUGAGCCCUGCACGGCCGCCCAGCACAACUACAGCUACUCGGGCUCCAACCCGGGCCAGGCCCCGCCGGGAGAGAGCGGCGCCUCCAGCUGCUCCUCCUCGUCGUCCAGCUCCACUCCCAACAGCAAGUCCAUGGUGAAGAAGAACCCCAAGGUGGCCAACAUUAACGUCCAGCUGGAAAUGAAAGCUCUGUGGGACGAAUUUAACCAGCUCGGGACAGAGAUGAUCGUAACCAAGGCUGGCAGGCGGAUGUUUCCAACUUUCCAAGUGAAAAUAUUUGGGAUGGAUCCCAUGGCGGACUACAUGCUCCUGAUGGAUUUCCUACCAGUAGACGACAAACGAUAUAGGUAUGCUUUCCACAGUUCGUCGUGGCUGGUGGCUGGUAAAGCCGACCCUGCGACCCCCGGCAGGGUUCAUUACCACCCCGACUCCCCCGCCAAAGGCGCGCAAUGGAUGAAGCAGAUCGUCUCCUUCGAUAAACUCAAGCUCACCAACAACCUGCUGGACGACAACGGCCACAUCAUCCUGAACUCCAUGCACCGCUACCAGCCCAGGUUCCACGUGGUCUACGUGGACCCCCGUAAAGACAGCGAGAAGUACGCCGAGGAGAACUACAAAACAUUCGUCUUCGAGGAGACGCGCUUCACGGCCGUCACGGCGUACCAGAACCACAGGAUCACACAGCUGAAGAUCGCCAGCAACCCCUUUGCAAAAGGCUUCAGGGACUGUGACCCGGAAGACUGGCCGAGGAAUCACAGGCCAGGCUCUCUGCCAAUAAUGAGUGCCUUUGCCAGAACAAGGAACCCAAUGUCAUCUCCCCCACAGCAGAACGGCACCGACAAAGAGGACAGCAGACGGGAAUACGAGCGAGACCCCAGUGGCACGCCCAUACACGCCGACCCGGCUCACCAGCUGAUGUCAAGGGUCCUCAGCCCUGCCCUGCCGGUCCCUGGAGGUCUCCAUGCUGUUCCCCUUACCAGUGGUCGGCCCAGCCCUCCCCACGACCUUCGGCCGGACACCCAUCCGCUACCCCCGGACACCCUGCAUCACCACCCCUACAAGUACCCCACGACCUACGAACACUACCUGGGGUCCAAGACCCGGCCGUCCCCUUACCCUUUACCCAGCAUACGAGGACACACAUACCACCAUCACAUGAAUCCCGCCACAGCUAACAUGUACUCAGCCACAAGCGCCCCCACUAACUAUGACUACGGGCCCAGAUAAGGACUGCUGCCCAGUGGGGCGGUAACAGCUCACAGCACUGCUGAAAGGCGAACAGACAGAGAAUAACCGAGGCCGUCUGCAAGGCUGACACAACCGAGGGGUGCAGUGAGACGCUACACCCACCCCCCAGUUGCUGGAUACCCCUGAAAACCCAACAACAACAACAACAACAACAACAAAACAAAAAGAAAAAACUAACAAAGACCUGCCAUAUUUAUUUUAAGGGAAUGCAUCUUUGCAGGAAGUACGGGCCCACUCUCUGAGCCCUGCAAGGUCUGCCUCGGCCUUUGAACACAAACACGGAUGGCUGGAUACCGGGGCUUCACUCACUUGGUGCAGUGCAGAUGUGGAGCCAGCAAAUGGAAGAUACAGGAGCGACCUCUCUUUAACCUGGAUGAUAAUUAUGAUUACAGACUGGAAUUUAAUUCUUUUUUUUCCUUUUUUGUGUUGGAUGCACUUUUUGAAUUUCCUUGUUUUCUUGCUUUCAAAAAAGCCAUAUGUCAUUAUAGUCCACCAGACUUCUAUGUAGAUGAGAUUUUUGCAUGUUGAGCUCGUCAGAGAGGGUGUUGAAACACAUCAAAAUGUUUUAGUUUUUUUUGGAGGGGGGAAGGGAAAAAAAGGAUUUGAUUUUGAAAUGUUCUGAACAUCUUGAGCCGCUCUGAGAAGCUUGUACCAUGGCACUGACUUGCAGCGAUUCGACACGAAUAAAUGAAGCAGAAUGACUGCUCUGUAUCUGUAAAAUAAACAUUAAAUACUGGUUAUUCAU